AUGUCUUCCACACCUACCUACGCCGAUGAGAAGGGCGGUGUCCAGGAGAUCGAGCGCGUCGUGUCCGAUGGCGGCAACCAAGCCAUUAUCGACUCCUUCACACCUGAGGAGCAGAAAAAAAUUGUUCGCAAGGUCGACUUGCGACUUAUUCCAGUACUCGGCUUCAUGUACUGUGUCUCUCUCAUGGACCGAACCAACCUGGGUGUUGCCAUGGUUGCUGGUAUGGGUGUUGACCUGAAGCUCACUGGCGAGCGAUACAGUCUCGUGGUGCUCCUUUUCUUCAUUACAUACGUUGCUCUGCAGCCUCCUGCCACCGUCGUCCUCCGCAAGCUUGGUCCCCGUGUUUUCCUGCCCUCGAUCGUUGUUAUCUGGGGAUCAGUGAUGAUUGGCUUUGGGUUCGUCAAGGAGUGGCACACACUGCUCCCUCUUCGUCUUAUCCUGGGUAUCUUCGAGGCUGGUUUCUUUCCAGGAUCUGCAUACCUCCUCAGCUGCUGGUACCAGCGAUUCGAGCUCCAGAAGCGCAACACUGUCUUUUAUCUCAUCGGCAUGUUGUCAUCUGCGUUCUCCGGUAUUCUCGGUUACCUUUUCUCCCUCCUUGCUGGCCACGGUAUCCAGGCCGCUCCCUGGCUCGGCCAGCACUUCGGUCCUACCAAGAAGAACCCUAAGAUUGUGCCUCAUUUCGGUGCCGGUCUUGCUGGAUGGAGGUGGAUCUUCAUCCUACAGGGUGUCAUCACUGUCGCCAUUGGUCUGAUUGGCUGGUACUUCAUUGUUGACUUCCCAGAGCUGUCUGCGAAGUCUUCCAAGAUGCAGAAGAGCUUCCUUACCGAGCGCGAAGCUGAGCUCAUGGUUGCCCGUGUCGAGCAAGAUCGCCACGACGCCAUCCCCGAGGACUUCAGCAUCGCAAAGUACGCCAAGGGAGCCCUCGACCUCAAGGUCUGGGGAUUUGCCUUUAUCUUCAUGUUCACAACAACCAUGACGUACGCUAUCGCAUACUUCCUUCCAAUCAUUCUCAAAGAUGCAGCCAACUGCCUCAUCGCACCUCCCUACAUCUUUGCUGCAUUCGUCAUGCUGGCCUUUGCUUAUGCUGGUGAUCGCAUGCGCGUCAGAAGUCCUUGGAUCAUUGCAAAUGGAGUCUUGGCUCUGGUUGGCCUCCCCCUUAUGGGCUUCUCGAACAAUGUCGGUGUCCGCUACUUCGGUGUAUUCUUGGCUACCGCUGCUGCCAACGCCAACGUUCCAUGUGUCCUCACAUGGCAAGCAAACAACAUCCGUGGUCAAUGGAAGCGUGCCCUCUGCUCUGCUACUCUUGUUGGUGCUGGAGGAUUCGGUGGUAUCAUUGGUGGGACCGUUUUCCGCACCCAGGACGCCCCUCACUACGUUCCCGGUAUCGUGGCCUGCAUGAUUGCAGCAGGUCUGAUCAUCGUCAUUACACUUCUCCUGAACUUGAAGUUCUGGUUGGCGAACAAGCGCGCGGACCGUGGUGGCAAGAUUAUCGAGGGACUUGAGGGAUUCAGGUAUACCUUGUAG